AUGACAUGUAUUGCCUGGUUCCAACAGCUUCACAGAGAUGCCAUGGUCUCUCGACUUACCCGAUCGUUGACUAAAUCUCAUGGGGACUCGAAUUCGGCUCAUCAACAACCCAGGGACAACUCUGUUGACCACAUCCGCAAUCAGGCCAACAGGCAAAACAGAAGCACAACGGCAAAAGCGGCAAACUCUAGAGCAAGCUCAGGGAGGUCGUCAACCUCCAAGCCCCUUCAGACCUACUACCAGUCGAGGGUGAAAAGAAAGUUCUCCCGGGCUGUUAAAUCUCCUGUGCGUAAACGAGGUGUCCUCCAUACUGGAGCUACGGUGGCUUCACCCAUCCUGUUGAAACCGUUGUCAUGUUCCCCACAUCCUCAUCAAAGAAAUCCAGGCUUGACCAUGCCGCGAGCUGCCUGCCGUCCAAGCAGAGGAAAAAAUGAAUCCCGAUUAUCUUCAUCCCACAUUUGGACUGUUAACGCUAAACAGGUACAGUAA